UUUAAAGUUAAAUAAUGAAAAUGAUUUUAUAAACUUGUCACAAUCAAUUUUUCACUGUCGGAGUAAUUUUUUCCCAAAGAAACGACCCGGCCAUCGGUGGAACGCAAUCCACCCGCCACCCAUCUCCCCUACACAUUUUCUCUCUCUCCUUUAUCAACCACCAUCAGCCGCCACCAAUAUACUCCCCUCUGUCUACUAUUCUUCACCUCAUCUUUCUACACCUCCACCCUGCCGGCUAAACCCAGAACUUCCAUUGCAGCCUCUGUCUCCGUCGACUCCGGCAAAACCCCCAGCCGUUCGGUGUCGAAAUGCAAAAUUCUUUUUAAGAAUCUCAAAGAAUUAGGAAUAUAGAAAGAAGCAAAGGUUGGUUGUAGAAUUUUAUGUUGUUUGAAGAUCGUAUAGGAAACCCCGUUGUAUGUAUGUUUAGGUAUAUAGAUGGAUCCAGAGCAGACGUUUAUACGGGUUCAAGAACGAUUUGCUCAGAUGCUGACGCCCAGGAUCAGAGCCACUCUCGAGUAUUUCUAUCUCUUCAUGGCCGUCACUCUCUUCUGUAUUCUCGUCGUUAUGCACGCCAAUUACGUUCAACAGCCUGGCUGUUCAAGUGAGCUGUCUAGAGUGAACAUCCCAGAUGCACAGCUUAUUCAAAUCAAGAUUACUAGUGCUGGCUUGUGGUCGCAGAAUCAAACCAACUAUGAUAUAGUAAAUGUUGCGAAUGAAGAACCUAUUAGUGAGAACCUGAAACAUUUGAACGAAGAUAGUUCAGUUACUUCUACAAACCCAUGGUUGGACUGGUUAAGUGAUGGAGCUAAGAGUGGUAAAUCUUUAUUAUAUUCAAACACCAAGUCCUGUGAGUCUUCAUUGGGAAGUUCAAUGAACAGUGAGUCAGUGGGUGAUGAUGUGGUCCCUAAAAUCAGUAAGGAAGUUUCACGUGCACGAUUUUUCAUCUCGCCGAAGGAAUCACUAAAAGCCGCUAUAAUUCGAAUUGGCCAAAAAUGGCAUGGGCGUUUGUCUUUCAUUUGGAGAGUUUCCAAGCGAGUCCUUGGAGGAUUAUGGGAUAUUGCUGGUAUACAUCUAAAUAUUGACAUUCCUAAGUUGCUCAAGACGCUUCACUUGGACAAGCUAAACUCUUAUGCUGUGCAGUGGCUUGAGACAAGAAGCAAGGCAUUUGAACCUACUUAUUUAUACACCAAAGGGAAGGGUUACUUGUUACUGCCUGAUGAAAUUAGAUUGCGCCAUAACAUUCACACUAUAAACACAAGCAUCUCUGCCCGGCAUCCCUGCUUUGGUAACAGGUGGCAGCAGCUUCUUAUAAAUAGACUUGUGGGAUAUGACACUAUUUUGAUGAAUAGUUUGUUGAAUUCUCCUGGUGAAGGUUAUCUUUAUAAUCACCAAACGAAGGAGUUCUAUAAUCUUACUUAUGCACAUGAGCAACCUGAAAGUUCUGCAAGAUUUGGAGACUACCUUGUCACAAAGUGUGGUGUACUCAUGAUGUCACUCUUUGUUUUCUUUACCACGACAAUGUCAGUUUCAUUUACAUUAAGGGAGACCCAAACACGCAUGCUUAAGUUCACGGUGCAGCUACAGCAUCAUGCUCGGCAUAGGCUUCCAACAUUUCAGUUGAUAUUUGUGCACGUAAUUGAGUCCCUUGUUUUUGUACCGAUCAUGAUAGGCAUCCUAUUUUUUUUGUUCGAGUUCUAUGAUGAUCAGCUGCUGGCUUUCAUGGUGUUAAUUUUUGUUUGGUUGUGCGAACUGUUUACAUUAAUCAGCGUACGCACACCAAUAUCCAUGAAGUACUUUCCACGCUUCUUUUUGCUCUACUUUCUGGUUUUCCACAUCUACUUCUUUUCUUAUAGUUAUGGUUUUUCUUAUCUAGCACUCUCAACAACAGCUGCAUUUAUGCAACAUCUUAUUUUAUACUUCUGGAACCGUUUUGAGGUUCCAGCUCUCCAGAGAUUUAUGCAAAGUAGACGCUCACACUUUCAGCAGCAUCCUGACUUUCAUAUCACCUCCUCUACGAUUCUCGCAUCAACUUUGCACAUCACAAGAUUAAAUGGAAGGAGCUCUGCUCCAACUAAUGUUGAUACGCCUCCUAGUCCUGGAGCUAGAAUUGAUCCAUUAGUGCCAAGAAAUGGUGCGACUGAAUUUCCUGGAGUUCCAGAUCGACAGGGGAAUAGAAACCAAGAUGAGUUUGGUAGUUCUCUUCAACUCGGAGGUCAACCUGAUACCCGCCAGUCUGAAACUGGAGCUAACCCGGGGUCUAUGAAUUCAUUCAGCUCCUUGCUGCUGUGGAUAUUAGGGGGUGCUUCUUCUGAGGGUCUAAACUCCUUUCUCUCUAUAUUUCGAGAUGUACGAGACCAUGGUCAAGUUUUUGCUGGACCACCUGGACAAGAAACUCAUGCCACCCAAAAUCCUGAAUAGAUGCAGAUGGAAGCUGAAACGUUGGAGCCUUAAAGGUGUUGUACUGCACAAGAGAGGAGUAGUAUUGGAAAACACUGCUUAUCCAUGAGAAUGGUGAAAUGAGGCUAAGGACUGAGGGGAGGAGGAUGUCGACAGAUAAGUAGAAGUGGUAGAGAAUUUAGUAGUUGAAGAGUCGUCCAAGGAAAAACUUACUACUAUUUCUUGCUUUCGUUGGCUUACUUAACCUUUGUACAUACGACUUGAAGUAAAAUGUGGGAGGAUGUACAAAUCUUCUGGAUGGAAAUUUGUAAAGCUAUUUUAGGGUCAUCCAUCUUAUUAAUUCUAAUGUUUUAUAUAUAUUUGGGAAAA